GAAUUCAUGAUGAACACUUUAAACUCCAGUUUAUCAGAAAAUAUAACAUUUGUGCGCCCGGAGUACUUUUAUAUCAGUGGAUUUUCUGGAAUACCAAACAGCAAAUAUUACUUUAUUCUUUUUAUUUUUAUAUAUAUUGUUGCAGUCUGCGGGAACUCAACUGUUCUUUUCAUGAUUUUCACUGAGAAAACUCUGCACAGUCCUAAAUACAUGGGGAUCUUUAAUUUAGCUCUGGCAGACUUUGGUGAAACGAAUGCACUGAUCCCAAACAUGUUAAAAACAUUUCUCUCUGAUUCUCAGUACAUAUCCUAUGAGGCUUGUUUGGCCAACAUGUUUUUUGUAUUUUUCUUUGCUGGUGGACAGACUUUAACUCUGGCUGCUUUGGCAUAUGAUCGUUUUGUUGCCAUUUGCUUACCCCUGAGGUACCAUGCUCUUGUAAACAACUCUUUUAUGUCUGUUAUUUUCACAGCAAUAUGGUUAUUUAACAUUGUUAUGGUUGGCACAAUGGUGAGUUUGAUUACACAUCUUUCCUUUUGUAAAACUAAUGAGGUAAAAAGCUUUUUUUGUGACCAUGGGCCUAUUUAUAAAAUUGCUUGUAAUGACAACAGCAUAAGCUACUUCCUUACAAAAUUACUGAUGGCAGUAUAUCUGUAUGCACCUUUUAUUGCCAUAUUUCUAUCAUAUGUUGGAAUUCUCUUGGCCCUGACUAGGAUAACAACAUGGAAGGCCCGACUUAAAGCUCUGAAAACUUGUGUCUCUCAUCUGUUGACUGUAGGAACAUACUUCCUACCUGUACUGGGUACAUACAUGGCUGCUAUGACAUUAUCUUUACAUCCGAAUGCUAGAAUAAUAAAUACUUCCCUAUCAACUGCCAUUCCUCCCAUGAUAAAUCCCAUUAUAUAUGUCUUGAACACAAGGGAGUUUAGAGUUUUUUUAGCCAAAACAAUUAAAAGAAAGUUCAUCAUAAAUGUACAAGCCUGA